AUGUAGCUUUUUAUACUGUACGAAAGUGCAUCAGGAUAUGCCCUCUUCGAAAAGGAAGAUUUUGAUGAGCUUGGAGGUCAAAUGAAGGCCAUUCAAAAAUCAAUCUCCAGUUUAGAGAGAUUCUCUAAGAUGGUAAAGCUUGCUGCUUUCCAACCAUUCUAAACUGCAGAGGAAGCCUUAGAUAAUAUCACUGCUAUUGCUUAGAAUAAAGUGCCAAAGACUCUCAAGAACUUUUUGCAAACAAAUCUUCCAGCUACCAAAUCCUCUAAGAAGCAAAAGUUCCUCUUAGGUAUUGCUGAGCCAAAGAUGGGUCAAGAAAUUUUCGCCGAGUCUGGUUUCACUGCUGCAUACAAUGAGUCCAUUGAAGAACUACUCAGAGGAAUUAGAACUCACUUGCCAAAGAUCUUGAAGAAGGUCAGCGAGGAAGAUUCUAGAAGAGCUCAACUAGGUCUUGCCCAUUAAUACUCAAGACAGCAAUGUGCUGCUGAUGUGAACAGACAAGACAAGCCAAUUAUCUAGGCUAUUGCUUUGAUCGAGACUAUGGACAAAAACAUCAAUACCUUCUGUAUGAGACUUAAGGAGUGGUUCUCAUGGCACUUCCCCGAGCUCAAUAGAAUCGUUAACGACAACUUGAUUUUCGCAAAGUUAGUUCACUUUAUUGAGAAGAGAGAGAAUAUUAAUGAAGAUAUGAAGGACGGAUUAACAGCCAUCGUUCUCGAUGAAGAGAAGGCUUAAUAAAUAAUUGAGGCUGCUAAAAUCUCAAUGGGUCAAGAAAUGUCUGAGACUGAUGUUCUCCAAGUAAAGAGUUUCUCAGAGAGAGUUGUUGAUCAAAUCGAAUUCAGAGAGAGACUACAAGAAUAUCUUAAAAACAGAAUGAACGCCGUCGCUCCAAACUUGACUGCUCUCAUUGGUGAGAUGGUCGGUUCAAAGCUUAUCUCUCAUUCAGGAAGUUUAACAAACCUUGCUAAAUGCCCAGCAUCAACCAUCCAAAUUCUCGGAGCCGAAAAAGCACUCUUCAGAGCUCUUAAGACCAGAGGUAAGACCCCCAAGUAUGGUCUUAUCUUCAACUCAUCCUUCAUUGGAAGAGCUGGUCAGAAGAACAAGGGUAGAAUUUCUAGAUACCUUGCAAACAAAUGCGCUAUUGCUGCAAGAAUCGAUUCAUUCACUGAGGGCACCCAUCAAACUAACUUGUUUGGUGAGAAACUUAGACAAUAAAUGGAAGAGAGACUAUUAUUCUUAGCUUCAGGAGCCAAGCCAAAGAAGAAUACCGAUGCCAUGAAAGAAGUCAUUGAGGAACUCAAGAGAGAGGGUCUCUAUUAUGAUGGAUCUGCCAAGGCAAAGACCUCAGGGAAAGAUAGCAAGAAAGACAAAAAGAAGAAGAAGGUAGAAUCAGAUGAUGAAGCAGAGUCAUCUGAAGAUGAGAAACAGAAAAAGAAGAAGGAUAAAAAGAAGGAUAAGAAGAGAAAGAGAGACGAAUCAGAUGACGAAGAAGUUGAGGAAGUUAAGCCAAAGAAGAAGAAGCAAAAGAUCUGA